GGCUUGAGGGCUUGAGUAUAUUGGAGCUCAGCAUCUUAUCGAGCGGCCGCGGCAGCUCGGGAAUUUUGCAUUUCUGUUUGGAGCUGACCACCUGUGCCGAGACUACCGCGCGGCGGCGCAGCAAUUGUUCGUCUUAUUUUGGGGGUUCUGUGAGGUUUCUAGCGAUCUUGGUUCACAAACACCAUAUGCUUCUCAUUUUUCGGCUUCAUAAGGGUUAGAAUGAUGGUAAAAACACUGUUUCAUAAAUAGGGAUUUGUGCAAGUGUUUUGAACGUGAGGUUUUUUGAAUCUUCAGGCAGCAGCUUUCUCUGGGAUGUUAUUUGUCCCGGCUCGGAGGGGGUUGAUGCCGUGGUGGGUUUGGCUCCACCAUAAAAGUCCGUAGUACAACAACGACUGAGUAAACUGGACCCUUUUUUUUUUCCUGCUCUAUUAACCGGGUGUACAAGUCGAUUCUAUCAUAUAGAUCAAAUUAUUUCAUCUUUCCAGCAAGUUUGUUGAUCCUCGAAGAAAUGUAGAAAUAGUCGGAUUCUGGAGAUCGAGGUCAUGCCAAGGAUUGUAUCACAUCUUAUGCCUCGAUUGGGAGGGAAGAGGCUGGGGAAGAGGCAAGCAGCAACAGCAGCUACCCGGCCUGAAAUUCUCACCGGCCCUGGCCUCGGCCUGCUUGUUGCUGCGAGCAAUCGGUGAGGGUGGAUAAGAAAACGAAAAGCCCGGUUCAGUCAUCAAACGGCUGAGGGUACAGAGACAUUGAAAAGGUACAGAUAUCACCAGUGAAGCUAAGCCGGAUGAGAGUGCAGGUGGCUUUGGCAAUAAAACGUUGAAAAAUCAAGGCACGCAUCAAAAAGUCAGUUUGUGAGGGUGGUGGGUUUGUUAAUGGGUGUGUUUGUUGGGCCUUGUGUUCUGUGUGUGUGUGUGUGUGUGUGUGUGUGUGUAGCCGGGAUCGUCUAUGUAUGUAAGAAAUGGACAGGUACGGAUCGUGCAUCAUCACCCCUCCCCCAUGUACUAAACCAAGCUGAGCUUACCUCAGACAUGAGGAGAGAGGGGUGGGUAGGUAAGAGUGGUUGUUUGGCUAAACCAAACAUUUCAUCAUUCGAUUUGAUCUUCUUUUUUGCUCUCCAAACUUCCCCGUCGCUGUUUUUGUUUUCUCCACCUCUUGGUUCAAUUGGCACUUGGCAAGAGGGAGGAGGGACGAAUUGUUGUCACGUCUGAUUCUGCGGUGCCUACACUCUCCGUCGGCUGUGUGAGACGGAUGGUAAGAUAGACCGGCAAAGGAACGAAAAUCCGCUCACUCAGCUUCGUGUUUGUUGGAUCGAUGGGAAGGAAUUGAGGUUGGAUAUAUCGGAAUGAGAGGAUUUCGUUAAGACGGGAAAUGUUUCUUCUCGAUAAAUCCACGACGACAACGAUAGGCGCUGCCCGAUAUGCCCCCAGGUCCUCCGUGUCACGAUGACCGAUACUACCUCGAGGAUGAAGAGGGUUAUGUCUUUUCGGAGCCGUAUUAUCCCCCGGUGACAUCGACAGCGCCUUCUUCACGGCCACAGAUGAUAUCGGUACCAUCAGCAUCGUCAACGACUACGCGUAGACAACCAGUGACUGUGGCUACCAAUACUGCCACUACGCGCCCGAGACCAGCUCUCGAGGAACAAGUUUCGCCUUUGGAGACUCGACCAGCAAGGAAACCGACCAAUGCGUCUUCAUCACAAACGCCAUUAUCACCACAGCGCGUGGGGACCGUGAGCAGUGGGGGGCGACAUACUGUGUCCCCAGCCAGUUCCAUCCAUGAAGACCAGGAAGAAGAUAUUGUCCAGCAAGGGGAUAGCGACGACGUCGAUCAGGAACAGCUGCAGCAAUACUACGUAUACGGCAGUGGAGGAGGCACAGCUUUGGGUCUUUCUUCGCCUCCCCAUCAUCAACACCACCAAGCUGCGGCACAGUCGGGUUGGCAAGCAGCUGGCAAUGCGGGGUCCUUCCAGCAACAGCAGCAGCAGCAUCAGGCGCAACAACAACAACAACAACAACAGUACAACGAAUCCCUCUUAGCUCCCUCUUGGCCGAGACAACAGUCACAGCAGCAGCAGCUUCCAGUGCCACAACGACCCGAUGUCCCACGCACAGAAAGCUAUCCGCCAAUCUGGCUCGCCUAUGCCACCCAGAACAAGGACCUCCCGCCUGUGCCGCAACCAUCACCUCCACAACCGCUUCGAUCGCAUCCUGUGGAUGUGCCAUUCCCACCUUCUCAAUAUUGGCGAGGGAGCCGGGACUUGCGAGAGUUGAACGAAGCGAGGGCGCGGGCGGCACAGCCGGGUAAGGGUCCCAUUCGGACUUCUUAUGGACCAGCUCCAGAACCGACAUUUUCGACGUCUGGGCCUCCGGUUACGGCUUCAUGGCUGAAUAUCACGCCUCCUCCGAGCGAGCGGCAGCCUCCAAGAGAAGAAGAAAUCACGCCUGUGCCACCUUCGGCGUGGAGAUCAACCACGCAGACUAAUAGCACUCCUAACCUUCGGCAUCACUCUCGUUCGACAACGAGUCAAAAUGUGGUUCCGGAAAGGUUGAGGCAAAGUCAGCAAAGAGAGAGCCGUCCCAGUAAUCUGACUCGAUUGUCUUCAGGUUGGGGCAACCAUGCGAACUCUGGGCCUUUUAUGCAUUAUGAAGAUCUCGAUUAUUUCAACCCGGGUCCGGGAACGGAACCAAAGGAUGAAUCCCAGAUUGAUGGGCAGAUUCCCAGGCAGGAUGCCAUCCCGGAUGUCCCACCAAUAAAUAAGAAAUAUUUGAAAGCUCAAAGGUCCUGGGAUCGUCAGAGGAGACGCAAGAAGCAACAGCAUGGAACUGGCUAUGGUAGUCAGGGAUGUUUCGGGUAUUUGGGCUGCUGGAUUGUGGAGCUGACAUGUUGCUUCAUCAGCCUUGUCUGUCUUGCUCUCACAAUAGCAGUUUUCAAGAUCCACGAAGGGCAGUCUUUGUCUGAAUGGCCAAUGGCGAUAUCCUUGAACACCCUCGUGGGGUUCUUGGUGGCGAUAGCACAAGCUGCGCUGGUGGUGCCAUUGGGAGAGGGAUUGUCGCAGUUGAAAUGGAACUCGUUUGCAAGAGGAGAGAAGGAUAUCAGAGAUUAUGGGUUGUUUGAAGAUGCCAAAAGGACACCAAUAGGGGGCAUCAAGUUGAUGUUGAAGAGAAAGGGGAGGGCACUGGGGAUGUCAGCUGCAGCUUUGCUAGCAACAGCUUUUUUGCUGUCGCCGUUGACCCAGGCGGCGAUUACGUAUCCUCUGAGUGAUGGCGGUAGUGGGAUUGCGGUAGGGGGGACGGCAACGGUGCCGAGGAGCGAGGCUUAUACCCAUCCUGAGCCUUACAAUGCCCUCUCACCCGCCGAGAUAACCUCCAUCCACAGCUCUCUGUUCCAACCACCCUCCUCACCCAUUGCUCACCUCUCACCAACAUGCUCGACCGGCUCGUGCACCUUCCCCGACUUUUCUUCCUUGGCAAUCUGCUCCUCAACAGCAGAUAUAACCCCUCGACUCAACGUCGCCCCUCCCACCCUCGUCUCCCCCCGAGCCACACUCCCAAAUGGCAUCCUCCUCACCACCGGCAACCUCAACAUCACCUCUGCCAUUAAUGCAUCCUUCCUCCCUGUUCGAAACACAUUAGGCUUCACCACAGGCGACGACACAGGGAAAACCACCUCUGGCAUCGCCAAUUUCUUUUUAAUUUACACUACCUCAGACGAGUCAACCUCCGCCUUGGAGAUCUUGUUCUAUUUCUGCGUGAAUACCUACCGUGUGGAGGUGUCUGAAGGGGUAGCAAAGACAGAGGUGGUGCACUCUUCUGCCUUGAGCAGUAGCAGCACGUCAAGGGUUGUUGUUGGGAAGAGGCAGGGGGAGUAUACCGUCAACCGGGAGCACGCAAGCUAUCUUCAUCGUUACCUUUUGGGUUUGUUCAACGGGAAUUACUCCACCAACUCUCCAGGGCAGAUAGGUUCAUCGGGGAGGGUGCUAGGGGAAGCCACUUCUUCUGUUGCGGGAAAUGAUGAUGCGAGGGAAGUGGUGGGUAAUAUCACGAGUAAUAUCGCCCUUGGGCUAACCAAUGCCCUCCGAGCCUCCCCCAACGCCGGCGGCCGCGUCAUCUUGGCCUCAGGAACAGCAACCACCCCAGGAGGCACAGGCGACAGAGUCAUAUCAAUCCACUGGCCCUACCUCUCCUUUUUGAUCAUCCAAGUCUCAGCCACAGUUAUCUUUUUGCUAGGGAUCAUGAUCCAGACCGCCGUCUGGGAUGUUCCCGUCCUGAAAGGGGAUCAACUAGCUGGCUUGGUGGCUGUCUCGUCGACAGAUAAGGCUCGGUUGGAGGAUUACAUGGAGGAUGAGAGGGAGGGGAUAACGGCGGCGGCUGAUAAGGAGACUGGGGGGGAGGAGGCCACCGGGGGUGUAAGAAACCGGGGGAGGAGGGGACUAAAGGGGGUGAAGGGACGGUUUGUGGAUAGGGGGGGUGAAUGGGGGUUGGAGGUGGUGGUGGAUUUGGGGAAUGGGGUGCAUAAUAGGGGGAGUAAUGGUGAGGUGUUUGGGGGGAAUAAUGGGAAUGGGAAUGGGAAUGGGGCUACGUGA